CAGAUCCGAUCUUGCGCAAGUAUGUACAGCAGCCGCAGCGCAGUGAGUGACUAACCACAACCACUCCUCUCACUCCGUAUAGUCCCGUUCUCUUCUUGUUCCAAACUCCAGUGCUGGCAGCCCACCUCAUCUUUCUUGUAAUCCGGCAUCUGAUACCAAGACUCUGCUCAGCAACGCAUUGUAUUAGGACACCUCGCGAUGCAGUGUCACGAAGGCCAGCCAGAAACUCCUUCUCCGGCGGGGAACUCCACCUCGUACUGGUUUGAAGAUGGCAAUGUAAUCCUACAUGCUGGGCCACAAUCGUUCCGCGUUCACAUGAGUCUCCUCGCCCGACACUCCACCUUCUUCCGCGACCUCUUCAAGCUUCCGCAACCGUCGUCAGAGAUGCUAGACGGAUGCGCUGUUGUGCAGAUGCAUGACGUGCCUGGAGACGUGGAGAUUCUGUUGUCUGCCUUAUACGAUGGCUGUGGGUGCGUGCAAUGUCGUGAUCGUCAACGAAGUUGUCGCUGAGAAUCUGGCCUUGCGGUCGUGCCGCGCCGCAUCAUAGCAUGUCUCUUGCAGCUAACAAGUGUCUACCGUUCUCGACUAUCGCAUGCUUGAUACGGUUGGGCCACAAGUACCAGAUCGAGCAGAUUCUGGCAGGUGCUAUAUCCCGUCUCAAAACCUGUUUCCCACUCAGUUAUUAUGACUCUCCUACGCUCCGGAAACGAUGCAUUCCUUACAUGAAUUUUGAGGACAAGGACGCGAUCACGGCUGUCAACUUGGCACGUCUCACGCAGUCUGACACCGUCCUCCCCCCCCCCCCCCCCC